CGAUUGACGGCAGUGACAAAAACGAUCGAUGGCGAAAGAAGGGAGUUGUCUAUUUCGAAUAGGGUACUUCUUUUACUCAAGAACUCGAAUUGGACAGAUAUACCACAGAAGGGACAUAGCUAAGGCUCGUGAGAAGUAUCCUGAUGGAAAGACACAUACUACCAUUCAACCAUUUCAAUAUGGAGAUUUGACAAUAACCCCUUUCCCCAUAUUAUUGGACAACUAUUCAUACAUCCUCAGGGACUCAAAAUCAGCUGUUAUUGUGGACCCUGGGGACCCAGAGCCAGUUAUUAAAUACUUGAAAGACAAUGGAAUAUCCCCUGAAGCUGUACUGGUCACUCACAAACACUGGGAUCAUAGUGGUGGGAACACUGCUAUGAAGCAGGCAUACCCAAACAUCAGGAUAUAUGGUGGAGUCCAUGACAAUGUUAACAAUGUUACAGACACUGUGAAAGAUCUGGAUGUCUUACCAUUUGGCGACAUGCGUUUUACUGUACACUUCACCCCAGGACACACUGAAGGGCAUGUUGUUUACCUCCUAGAUGGGGCACCAUUUGGGAUGUCAGAUUCCUUGUUCUCGGGGGAUCUUCUUUUUUUAGGGGGCUGUGGGAGGAUGUUUGAGGCUGCUCCCUUGGUGAUGCUGGGAUCCUUAGACAAGGUGUCCAAUUUAAAGGGGGAUGUUCUGGUCUGGCCAGGUCAUGAAUAUGCAAAUGAUAAUUUGGAUUUUGCAUGCCAUUUAGAUAAUUCCAAUGAAGAAUCAAAGAAUAAGUAUGAAUGGGUAAAGAGCCAAAGAGAAAAGAAUCUAUGUACAUGUCCAUCAACCAUAGAAGAGGAGAGGUCCUAUAAUCCAUUUUUGAGGACAGCUGAACCCGGUAUUCUAGAGGCAGUGAAGGUCACAGAGUUUGAGCAGCCCGUUACAGAUGAAACCAGAGCAAAAAUACUCAGAGAAAUCAGAACAUUAAAGGACAGCUACAAAUAUAAACUCUAGGAUUGUUCAAUUCAACAAAGCUUAAUUAGGUAUAUAAGUAUUAUUUUUUUAAUGUGAUAUAUGAAUUACUUUAUUUAUUUGUAUGAUAAAGUUAUUUCAUUUCAUUGUAAACAAACACCAAAUACUGGAUUAUUUAAUUUGGUAUUUAUUAUAUACAGUUAUUUUGCUGAAAACAAACACCAUAUAUCUGAUAUGUAUAUAUGAUAUACAGUUAUUUUAUUUCAUUGUAAACACACACCAAAUAUCUGAAUUCUUGAAAUUGGUAUGUAUUAUACAGUUACAUUUAUUUUAUUACAAACACCAGAUACCUGAAUUACUUAACGAUGCAUGUAAGUUUAUAUGAUGCAGCCAUUUUAUUUCAAUAUAAACAAUAAAUGUCAUACAUUUUUUCUUGAUACAGUUAUGAAGUAUUGAUUUGUUUUGCAACCAGUGAUAUUAUUCAGUAGAACAAAUUUUAUGGUUGUUUGAUCUUGUUUUUCAUGUUUUUUUUUUAAAUUUAUUCUGUACACUUUUGAUACAAAUUUAAAUUAUAUUUAACUGUAUUGACUUAUUUGUUACUUCUCAAAAGCUUUGAGUACAAGAUUCUUGCCUAGAAGAGUUUUGUUUUGGGGGAGGGGGGUGUCAAAUAUACACAUUAAUCAUUGUUGUAGCAUUCUUUCUGGAUCUGAAUUAUGAUUUACAUGAUAAUAUCAUUGACAUGAUCUGAGUCUUAUUUGUGGUGAAGUAGCACCUCAAGUGAAACACAUUCUGUAUUAUUUUAUACUACUCCAGCAUGCUAGGGAUUCAGGAGAGAUACUUUUGAUUUGGCGCCGAGGUAUACAAGGAGCGUAGGGACGUUAAUCGAGGCUCUUACUUGUAGGAGUAUAUUUUAUAAAUGCAUGUCUUUUCAGUGAUCACAUCUUCAUCGCCAUGCAUAAAAAACCCAAAUGAGUGCUUUUCAAAAUGUGUGUUGUACAUGUAUCUGUCUUUUGAAAAUGUGCUUUAUAUAUAAUAUAAUACUAUGUCAUUGUAUAAUAUGAAAUAUAUAAAUGAAAUAAAGAAUUUUUUUUUCUUUUGCCAAAACCAUCACUGCAAAUUUAUCUAAAUUUGUACAGCAUUUUGAAAUGACUGUGGUCAUAAAAUGUGUAACAUACUGUACGUGUGCAUAAAUUGGCAUAUUCAAAAUUUAGCGCAAUCAAGGGGUAUGUAGUUGAUGGCGUAAUCAUAAAUUAGCGCCACACAUAUCCGUGUCGUGUAUUGUAUUGGUAAAUGAUUUCUUAGCGGUAUUCAUGAAUUAGCGCAUCGUUGUCUGCGCCAAAGCCGCUAAAAUAUGAAGCCCGCUUUUUUAAGUACACAUACAGUAAAUAUUCAUUCAUAUAUAUCUAAACAGAAGAUUAGUACAGAAUAUGUUGUAAUGACUUUGUGGCACUUUGACGUGGCUUUUGUAGAUCAGAAAAGAUCUGACCAGUCCUUCACCUUUAAACCCACUGUAAGUGCUUUGAAAGAAAGAAUUAAUUUUACGAAUAAUCACUGUAUUGUGUAAUGUCAUUGUGUGAAACAUAAAUAAAUAAAUUCCUACAUGUUUG